AUGUAUAAUGCUAUGCCCAGCAAUGGGACAAACAGUACCGCUGCGAUCAUUGAAGCAUCAGUCGCUGGCGCAGAGCACAUUCUCACGCUCAGCGGUUACGCAAUGUAUACCGUUAGUAUGAUCGGCCAGGAUCGGUCGAGGGUGCACUUCAACGUCAUAGACUCCGAUGGCGCCGCUGAGCUGCAGAACGAAGUCAUGCAAGAUGUAUAUGGCUUCGCAGGCACGACCUCGAACGCAGUUGGGCAACAGGUCGUCAUUCCAGCAUCUAUAUGGCGGACCCUUAUCGCUGAUCGUGAUUCGAACGGUCGAAAGCCCGUCGCAGACCCAGUCGCAACAGACUUUCUUACCCGAGGAGAUCUUCGAAAUGUGUUCCUAACGACAAUCUCUGGACGCAAGCUCUUCAUCACAACAGAAGGCAACUUCGGUAUUGGCCCAUACAGUAUGAACAUUGGCGACUUGAUAUGCCUUUUUCCUGGAGCACAAGUACCUUUCGUGCUGAGGCAGAAGCCGGACGUUUUCCCCGAGCGAUUUGAGCUUGUUGGUGAAUGUUAUUGCCACAGUCUGAUGAGUGGUGCGAAGCCGGGGGAGACUCGUACAUUGAGAAAGUUCCAUCUUGUAUGA